AUGCUCCGCAGCCGCACAACGGGACACUUUCUGCUGGAACAAGGGGACUCUGUGCGCGGCCCUCGGUGCCACCCGGCUCUGCAUCCCGGGGUCACCCACCCCGUCACGCGGCUGCCAGCAUCCGCGGCCACCGCGCGCUCCCGCUUCACUGGGGCUUUGUUCGCCGCCACGGGGGGACCAAUCGUGCCGCGACGGUCCCGGGCGCGUGGCUUUGAGGACAGCCACGCUCAUAAACGCUUGCACGCACACGUAGGCGCCACCAAUGACCCCAACCUUGGUGCAGCCGGCUCCAUCCCGGCUUGCCCAAUCCGCUGGGGUUUGGGGCGCACGAGCCCGCAGCCGCUGCCCUCUCCCACAGGCAUCACCAUGACCUCUGGGUUCUCCUGCUGGAAGCCGUGCGGCUCCCGUGGGUUCCUCUGCUCCUGGGCACCCCUCGGCCCCGCUGGGAACACCUCCUACCUCCUGACGCUCUGCUAUGCGACGCCCCGGCUGUGCCAGAGGUUCGAGGUGGGCACAAAGAUGACGCACACCUUGAAGCAUCACAACGUUUACGUCCUCACCAACACCACGGCCUGGGUGGAGGCGCGCUGGGGCGACCGCAUCCACAGGACCCCCAACCUCACGCUGUACCUCAACGAGGCAGUCAAGCUGAAUCCACCCCCUGACAGGAUGCCUUUUACCAAGACUGGUGGCCAACUGCGGCUGCGGGGGCCAUGGCCACUGUGCCGCCGCACCAGCUGGCCACUGCAGCGAGAGGCUCGCUUCCAGAGGAUGGGGGACCGCAGUUGGAUGCAGGUGUCCUGUGAGUCAGUGAUGGAUAAGAAUGAUUCAGUGAUCUGUGCCCUGGGGAGGGACGGCGCCUUCGAGGUUCAGCUCCGGCAUAAGACAUCCCACUGGAGCAGUUACUGGAGCGACUGGAGCAGCUCCAUCUUCAUUCCUGGGGAAAUCCUGGUGAGCCCGGCGCUGAGCCACCAGUUAGGACAACUGGGGAGAGAUGGGCAGCGAGUGCUGAGGCUGAGCUGGCAGAGAGCCCCCAAGGAGCAGGGGAACGUCACCUACACGCUGCGCACCCGCAUGCCGGCGUGCCCCUGCGCUGAGCAGGCUGAGGAGGAUGCUGUGGUGCUGGAGACGGAGGUGACGGCGCACGACCUCAUCCUCUCCGGGGCUGAGUAUGAAAUCCUGCUGACGGCAGCCAACGCCGCUGGGCCAGGGCCGGUGCAGCGGCUCCGUGUGCCGGCAGAGCGGCACACAGGUACCCAGCUCUGCGGGAAGGACACAGCUCCCUGGCAGCAUUGAGGGAGAUCUUUUCCCGUCCAUCCCUCGUGUCUCUCCUUUCAUCCAGAUCUUGGCUUCAAGGACAUCACCAUGACUGGUGGCACCAUGACGGCACAGUGGGUAGCACCAAGCCCCGGCGUCAUCUAUUGCUUCGAGCAGCAGCCGCUGCCCGGAGAACCAAAACGUGGCGUUUGCAUCCAGCGGGAUUUCCCUGCCGAGAGCAUCCAUGUGGAGAGAGUUCCUGUCGCAGGAGCACUGGGAGCACCGGCGUGUCACCGCCUGGCCGUGCACGGCAGGACGGCGGCGCGGGGCUGGACCACCUUUGCCGUACAGCAUCACUACGCUGGCAACGCCUCGCUGGCCGUACCCUUCCACAUCAACACCAGCACCAGGGAUGCCACCACCGUUGUCCUCUGGUGGAAGAUGUCCCCCCGUGCCGCCUGCCCCGGGGUUGUGGCCAAGUACCUCAUCUGCCACGCGGCCAAGGGGGACAACGUGACCUAUGCUGAAGCCAACGCUACGGCGUCACACUUCACCCUUCAAAACCUACGUCCUGGCACAGCCUACGGGGUGGGCGUUUGGGAGGUGACGGCAGAGAGCGGCGACACCUGCAGCGCUCAGCGGCGCUUCCAGACCAUGUUGGGUCUGCAGGGAGCAGCGUGGAAAUCCAACCUGAAUUACUUGGCCGUCUCUCUCGGUCUCCCCGUCGUGGCUGUCAUCUAUCAACUGAGCAAAAAGAGGGCUCGCCGCCUCCUCUUCCCACCCUUGCCCGUGCCCGUGGGCACCAAAGCUGUUGAGUUCUCCACUGACGAGAUGAGCCAGGGUCAUCCCCGUCCAGGCUUGGUGGAGCCUUUGGAGAGGUUCAGCCCAGCUGAGCUGCUGAUAACAGAGACAAGUCCUGGUGAGGAGACAACAACCGACGCCAACACGCGGCCCUGCACACCACAGCCUGGACCCGUGGCCGAAGAACCAGUGGUGGUGUCCCUGCUGGGCUGUGAGAAGGAGCUGCCGUUCACCUACCGCAGGCAGGAGGUGCUGAGCCCGGUGGGAUUUCCACCGCUUGGCAGCACCAGCGGCGCCGGCUACCCCGGGUGCAAAGAGGAGGAGGAGGAGGAGGAAGAGGAGGGAAGACAGGGUCUGCACCAGCCGUUGGUCCCCAUCACCCUGCUCAUCUCCGACAAACCCAUCAUCAUCAGGGAUGAGGAAGGAUGGGACCCAUCACCGGAGGAGUCGGUGCCAUAGCCAUCAUCAGGCUGGGACAACGGGGAUGGAUGGCAGGGAGGGGAUGAAGGGGAUCCAAUGGGAUGCUGAACACCCCGGUGGGAUGCUGAGCACCCACACUGGGAGCGCGUGGUCGCACCAACGCUUUCAGGGAGUUUUCUGGUUUCCGGGACACUGAAAGCGGUGCCUCCAGAUCCAUGGAUUUGGCCAUGUAUUUCCCAGCCUCCACCUUUCCUCAGGGAUAAAUAAGAAGCGAAGUCAUUGCAGAGUCCGACCAGGCUGUGGCUGUUUCACCAGUGCGACCGGGGAGAGACGCAGAGCUUCAUCCUCGGGGCCAGCAUCGUCCCAGAGGCAUCAGGGCGUGAAGAACCCCAGUGUCA